GAAAUUAAAUAAACAACAAAAAAAAAAUUUUUAAAAACAAAAUGGCUAAUCUGGAACAGACAUAUGAGUUAAAGCAAAAACAGAUGCAACAGCAACAGCAGCAGCAAGAACAGGAAGCAAAAGUAGGUGAAGUACAACACCAAACCCAGCAAAAGCAAACAGAAUUAAAACAAGAACAACAACAGCAGCAAAAGCAACAGCAACAUCAGCAGCAGCAACAACAACAGAGCGUUCCUAAAUUACUGCCGAUUGAAUCGACAAUUAUUGACAUUCCAUCAUCAGCAUAUGACACAGACAGCAGCACAGCAAGCAGCACGGCAAGCAGCACCUGCUGUACACGACACGGUGAACAUAUUUAUAUGGAAAAAGCUGCCAUGGCACAGGAUGCAAACGAAGUACACUUUAAGGCUGAUCAUAAAAAAUGUUGGCCCACCUUUAUAUUGCUGAUUUCAGUAGUGGAGAUCGCAGUAUUUGUUUACGAUUUGCUAACAAUGCAACCCGAAAUCAAACAAUUACCAGUACCCAUACCCGCCGAUUCGGUAUUUAUUUAUCGUCCAGAUCGUCGUUUACAAGUUUGGCGUUUUGUUUCGUAUAUGUUCUUGCAUGCGAAUUGGUUUCAUUUAGGGUUUAAUGUGGUCAUACAGUUAUUUUAUGGCAUUCCCCUGGAGGUGAUGCACGGCUCGGCACGUAUUGCUGUCAUAUAUUUUGCCGGUGUGUUUGCAGGCUCGCUGGGCACGAGCGUUGUGGACUCCGAAGUAUAUUUGGUUGGUGCCAGCGGUGGCGUAUACGCAAUAUUAGCUGCACAUUUAGCUAAUAUCACAUUAAAUUAUGGUCAGAUGAAAUACGCAACAGCACAGUUGGUGUCAGUUGUGAUAUUUGUAUUUUGCGAUCUGGGAUAUGCACUUUAUACACAAUAUCUUGACUCACUGGUACCAGCCAAUCCUUCAGCCCCGUCUGUGUCGUAUGUAGCACAUUUGACGGGUGCUUUAGCCGGUCUAACAAUUGGUCUAUUGGUGCUAAAAAAUUUCGAGCAUCGCGCCUAUGAGAAUCUCAUUUGGUGGCUAGCACUUGGUAUAUACAGUGCCUUCACCAUCUUCGCCAUUGUCUUUAAUCUGAUAAACACGAUGACAGCACAACUGAUGGAGGAGCAAGGUGAAGUUAUUACACAACAUUUGCUGCACGAUUUGGGCGUUUCAUAAAAUGUUAAGUUAGGCAUAGCAAAAAUAAUUAAUACUAUUAUAAAUAAUUUUAACGAAUUUACCACAAAUUCUAUAGUUCUAAUUUCUUGUUUAAUUUAUAUUUUAGUUCGAAUAUUUUAAUUUUAUACUAAUUUUAUUUUAUUUUAUAUUAUUUAUUAUUUAAUUGCCUCAAGUAGCGCAAAUAAAAAAACCCCAAAACGUGUAAACAAAUGUUGUGAUAACGCCAAAGACUGAAUUUAUUUCAAAAAAAAACUAAUACUAAAUUAAUUUAUUAUUUAAUUAUUUAUAUCUAUAUAUGUAUAUAUAUAUGUAUAUUAAAUGUUUAUUUUUAUGCUUUUGAAUUAUGAGAGAAAAUAUGUUAUUAGUUAAGUUAAAAAAAUUGUUUUUGUUAAAUGAAUAAGAGAAAAAUUUUUAAAUCUUUGUAAAUAUAUUAUCAAUAAACAUAUUUAUAUAUUAGAAAUAAAAAAUUAAUUUUCAAAAAAGAAAAGAACAGAAAUAUAAACAAAUUCUGCAACACUAAACCUAAAAUAUAUUCCAAAUCAGUUCCCCUUACAGCAAGUAAAGAAAAAACGUUGCACACUAGUCAAACUGAAAAUAUUACAAUAAUUAAAAAAUAUUAAAAAUAAUAAAUUAUUUUUUAAAAAAAAAUAUCAAAAUAGUUGAACAUAGUAGAGAUGUAUGUUGCAAAUAAAUCCUUACGCAUGAGUAUUACUAA